UUUAUCAUAGCUCUUCGGUUUUCUAUAUAUUACUAUAGCCCAUUUUCAUUUCUCCAUAAAACAGAUUGCUACCUUAGACUUAUCCACUUCAGAUAACAAACUUAAAUAGUCAAAAUGUCCACACUUACUCAGCAAUGGCAACCAAUGGAGAAAACCAGAAUUCAAGAUACCAAGAAGUUGGACACAAAAGUCUCUUGCAAAGCGAUGCACUUUAUCAGUAUAUUCUUGAAACAAGUGUGUACCCAAGAGAGCCUGAAGCCAUAAAAGAGCUAAGAGAGACUACUGCAAAACACCCUUGGAAUAUCAUGACCGCCUCUGCUGAUGAAGGACAAUUUUUGAGCAUGCUUCUCAAACUCAUCAAUGCGAAGAAUACCAUGGAGAUUGGUGUUUUUACUGGUUACUCUCUGCUUGCUACUGCCAUGGCUCUUCCCCAUGAUGGCAAGUUCUGGCCAUGGAUAUCAACCGGGAAAACUAUGAGAUUGGUCUACCAAUAAUUGACAAAGCCGGGCUAGCUCACAAAAUCGAAUUCAAAGAAGGCCCUGCACUUCCUGUUCUUGACCAGAUGAUUGAAAACGGCAAAUACCAUGGAACAUAUGAUUUCAUAUUUGUGGAUGCUGAUAAAGACAACUACUUGAACUAUCACAAGAGAUUAAUUGAUUUGGUCAAGGUUGGUGGACUAAUUGGCUAUGAUAACACCCUUUGGAAUGUGAGUGA